GGGGGGUUGUUAUGAUAAAGUGACAAACAAAAGAUGUUUAUUUUUUCCUUCAUUUCAUGCAAUCCAUUGAACGAACAUUUACCGCUUCAACCAGUAGGCCUAGUGUUUCUGCGAAUGGAAAAGUGUCUCGUGCUGCAUAAUUGCUCGUUGUUUAAACUUACUUCAAACACAUAACUAAGGAGAUGAUAACCUUGUUUACUUACAGCAGAUGACUACUCUGCAUGACUAGGCCUGCCUAUUAAGUCUUUUUGUGAUGCAUCCAAAAUUAUCAACAUACACUCGAUGUCAACCGAACUGUUAGUUCACGAAAGGCUACUUUGACAUCUAAGUAGAAGAGGACAUCCCAAUAUUUGAAGUGCUGCGGACGAUGUUACUGUUUCACAGACUAAAUCCCAGGAGAUGUCGCCUGGCGCUGGAUGUGGCUCGGCGGUGGCACCAAACAAGUUUAACAACCGAACUGAUUCAGAACAUGGACAAGAAGGCUACAUGGGACAGAUUCUACAUAGAAACCAACAACCACCAGAGCCCAGAGAAGUUCAAGAACUUUGAGUGGUUCUUUGGGUUCGACUCUGUUCAAGGCUUCGUCCUGCCUCUCCUAAAGCACCCCACAGAUUCAGAUUCCCUGGUGAACGUGCUGGAUAUGGGCUGCGGGACCUCAGCCAUGGGUCCAUGCAUUUACAGACAAUCACCUGUGGCUGUCAUGGUCACCUGUGCCGACAUAUCUCCAGUUGCUGUGGAGCUUAUGGAGGAGCACACAAAGAGGACCCAGAUCACGCCUCAGAACCCACUAUCCCGCUUACGCUUCCUCGAGUUGGACUGCACUCGUUUACACGAGCACUUCGGGCCUGCUAGUUUGGACUUGAUUGUGGACAAAGGCACCACAGAUGCCCUGCUGAGGUCCCAGGAAGGACAGGCCAAGGCUGGGGAGAUCUUGAGGCAGUGCCUGGGCACGCUGCGGGGUGCUGGAAGUCUGGUGCAGUUUUCAGACGAGGACCCGGAUGCCAGGAUGUUGUGGCUGGAGAGGGAGACUCUGACGGGGGAGGUGAAAGCGGAUGUCGGCUUCCAGGAGGUUGGGGUGUUACGAGGAGUCUGUUAUUACUGCUAUCAAGUUACUCCUCACACAGCACCAUGAACUCAGUACCAUACUUGGGUAACACUUGACGCCGGUGUCAUAUGCAUGUCAUUACACUGUCAUAAUAGUGUCAUGGCACAGUUAUGCACAUGUCAUAAACAUUAUGUCCAUGUCAAACACAUUAUGACUGUUGGCCUUAAAGACGAAAUGAAGCAGUCACCUUAUAAGGGUGUCUUUGCCAUAACCGAAUGUCACUUAAGACCAACAAUCAUAAAAUGUUUAUGACAUGGACAUAAUGUUUAUGACUUAUCUAUGUCUGUGUCAUGACACUAUUAUGACACUGUAAUGACAUGCAUAUGACACCGGCGUCAAGUUAAGUGUUACCCAUACUUGUACUCCUCAAGCUCUGUUUUGUGUGACAUUCCUGUGUGGACUCUGAUUUCAAUUGCACUCUGAUGACAAUAAAACAAGAAAUUCAAAAUGUAAAAAACGCAAUAUAACAAUUUUAUUGAAAACUUAGUUAGCCUACAGUUAAUAGAUACCGUUAAAAUAAUAAAAACAAACAUUAAAACCUAAAACAAAAGCAUACAACAUUAAAACAAAGCAUACAACCAGACACACCAACCAAUGUCAUAAGUUCCCACCAAUGUAAUAAUCCUGCAAACAUAGUAAAAAAAAAUGUGCAGAUCAAGCGUAAUAGCCUGGCCAAAGUAAUAAUUUCCUGCCAAAGUCAUAACCAUCGUCUUGUUACAUUGGCAGGAAAUUUUUACACAAGGUUGAAAAGUCUUACAUUUUGACUCGUCAAAUGAGAAAGUAAUUAGGAACAUAAAUGUUCUGAAAUGUCUUGGCCUCUUCAAAACAAAUAAAAGUUAACUGCCUAGUGGAAUCUAUUAGGCAAAGGAUAAAAUAUCUCCUUUCACUGAAAUUUUAUUACACUGCUGGGACAAAAUGUAAGACUUAUAAA